GAGUCUCAGCUUUCUAACGACCCUUCAAUCAAUCUACGGAUCGCAAUACCAAGCAAUCAUUUCUUGGGCAACUCGAUUAUCACCACCUCAAAGUCAUCCUCCUUAACUUUCGUUCUCUUUUUUAUUUUCUCCUCUUCGCACCUGCUGGUCUCUUUUGCUGUACACCCUAAGUCUUCUUUCUUCGUUUUACCUUACAAUCUUUUUCGAUUGGGAUUAAAGGGUUUGAUUUGCAGCUUAGAUCUUGGAGCCUCUCGUUUUGUCUAUUUACUUUCACCUGAUUACUUCCGUCUUCCUUUUUCUUUUCUUUUAUUUCCUUUAUUUCUAUUUUUCAUUGGAAUUCGUAUAAUUGGAUUUCCAGAGAGUGAAAGUAGUUUUGUCGGUGAAUAAGAAAUGGCUGCACCGCCAAGUAGCCGGCUUCAGAGUAUGCUGCAAAAGGCGGUGCAAUCAGUUCAGUGGACUUACAGCCUCUUUUGGCAAAUUUGUCCACAGGAAGGGAUCUUAAUAUGGGGAGACGGGUAUUAUAAUGGAGCCAUUAAAACCAGAAAAACAGUGCAGCCUAUGGAGGUCAGUGCCGAGGAAGCCUCUUUGCAGAGAAGCCAACAGCUCAGAGAGCUUUACGAUUCAUUAUCAGCCGGAGAAACUAACCAGCCGGCAAGACGGCCUUCCGCGGCUUUGUCACCGGAGGACUUGACGGAGUCCGAGUGGUUCUAUUUGAUGUGUGUUUCCUUCACUUUCGCUCCGGGAGUUGGGUUGCCCGGAAAAGCAUAUUCACGGCGACAACAUGCAUGGCUCACCGGAGCAAAUGAGGUUGACAGCAAAACCUUUUCUAGAGCAAUUCUCGCCAAGAGUGCUCGUAUACAGACUGUUGUGUGUAUUCCUCUUCUCGAUGGUGUGGUUGAAUUCGGCACAACGGAAAGGGUGCAGGAGGACCUUGGAUUCAUUCAACAUGUAAAGACUUUCUUCACCGACCACCGCCACCCAAAUCCCCACCCACCAAAACCAGCUCUCUCCGAGCACUCCACCUCCAGUCCCCCCACCUCCUCCGACCACCCACGCUUCCGCUAUCCCCCUAUCCCCGCCGUGGACCCACCAGCAAAUGCCAACCAAGAAGAAGACGAAGAAGAAGAAGACGACGACGAAGAGGAGCACGAGUCUGACUCCGAAGCCGAAACCGGCCGCAACAGCCGCGAAGCCGCUGCACAAAACCCACAAGUUGUAGCCCCCGCUGUAGCAGAACCCAGUGAACUAAUGCAGUUGGAAAUGUCUGAAGACAUCCGGCUGGGCUCCCCGGAUGACGCCUCGAAUAACCUCGACUCAGAUUUUAAUCUACUGGCCGUGAGCCAAGGUGCCGUUAACCCAGAUAAUCAACGGCGAGUUGACUCAUUCAAAGCCGAGUCGAGCCGGAGAUGGCCGAUGUUGCAAGAGGCGCCAUUUAGUAGUAGUGGACUUCAACAAACUCAAUCAGAACCACUGCCAUUGGAUGAAUUGACUCAAGAAGACACUCACUAUUCACAAACCGUGUCGACGAUUCUUCAAAAGCAGCCCAAUCCGAGCCCGUGGGCCGACUCAUCGUCCACCGGCUACGUCGCAUACUCAACCCAAUCAGCUUUUUCCAAGUGGACAAUUCGCUCGGAUCACCACCUCCCCGUCCCAGUUGAAGGCACAUCGCAAUGGCUACUCAAGUACAUUUUGUUCAGCGUACCAUAUUUGCACAGCAAAUACCGUGAGGAGAACUCGCCGAGAUCGCGUGACGGGGGCGGCGACCCCUCCUCUAGGCUCCGCAAGGGAACCCCGCAAGAGGAGCUCAGCGCCAACCAUGUCCUGGCGGAGCGCCGCCGCCGUGAGAAACUCAAUGAGCGGUUCAUCAUUCUGAGGUCACUCGUCCCGUUUGUCACCAAAAUGGACAAGGCUUCAAUUUUAGGUGACACCAUUGAAUAUUUAAAACAAUUACGUAAAAAGAUUCAGGAUCUGGAGACACGUAAUAAGCAAAUGGAGGUAGAUCAACGGUCAAAAUUGUCCGAGCUACAGAGGACUUCAAGUAGUGGGUCAAAGGAGCUAAGAAGUAGUCAAACCGUUAUGGACCGCGGGCGAAUUGGAUCCGGACCGGGGUCCGAAAAGAGGAAACUAAGAAUAGUAGAAGCCAGCGGUGGCGUUGCAAAGCCAAAAUCGGUGGAUUCACCGCCAGCCGGAUCGUCGGUGACGGCGGUGACAACAUCAAUACAGGUGUCAAUCAUAGAGAGUGAUGCAUUGGUGGAAUUGCAAUGUGGGCAUAGAGAAGGGUUGUUGCUAGACAUAAUGCAAAUACUGAGGGAGCUACUGAUUGAAGUGACAGCAGUUCAAUCAUCUUUGAAUAAUGGGGUGUUUGUGGCACAAUUAAGAGCCAAGGUGAAGGAUAAUGUAAAUGGGAAAAAGGCAAGCAUCGUGGAGGUGAAAAGGGCAAUACAGCAAAUAAUACCACCCCAGUACUGACGAUGGGUAUAAAUAGAUUUGGUAGAGAUUAUUUAAUUGAGAGUAGGUAAUAGUAAUUUAGGGCUGAGGAGAUGAAAUUAAUGAAUCAACUGGUCAAUGCCCCAUCCCAUCCCUCUUUGUAAUCUAACCAAAUGUACUGCAUAAAAGUGUAAGAAAUGCUUAGAUUAUGAUAAUUCUCAUGUCCCCUCCA